AUGGAAUCGACCUCAAAAGUAAUGUCUGUAUUAACAACAACUGACAAGAAAGUUCUCGACACGUCCUCUCACUAUUCUCUGUCUAUUGACACGAAUAACAGUGACGACAUUUUUGUCGAUCAAAACACAUAUACUGAUGAUCCCGAUCCUGUAUCCUACGAGGCUCUGUAUUAUUUUAUGCUGAUCAACAUGUGGGGUGGCGGUCUGCCGGUGAGCAUCUUUGGCGUCCUCACUAAUCUCCUUAACAUCUUUACUUUCCUCAAACAGGGUGUUCAAGAUACUGUUAACAUUAGCCUGCUGGCUCUGGCAAUUUCAGAUUUGUGUUCUCAGAUACCCCUAACGUUUGCCAGCAUCUUUAUAAUACCUACCUUUAAUAUGUUGGAUCUUCCGUUUGCGUGCGAUGAUCUGUUGUACCUUCUAGUGUGGAUUCACGUCAUGUUCACCAGAGUCACAACUUUGAUAACUGCUUACAUCACCUUAGAAAGGUGCAUUUGUGUUGCUGCUCCACUGAAAGUCAAGAACAUCUUCUCACCAGCAAGGACAUUGGUCUGUAUGGUGACUGUGUUCGCAGUUAUGCUAGCUCUCGUUAGCCCCAUGCUAUACACAGCACGACUCACUUGGAUAUUCAGUCCACUGAGGAAUGCAACCAUUCUGGGAGUCACAUUCAUAGACAAUCGCAACAAGAUAGAAACUAUAACCUUCGCUUCAAGCAACCUGAUUCCAACGGUUGCUUUCUUUCUCGUUAUUGUCUGUACUGUGCUGCUUGUAGUGAAUUUACAGAAGAAAUCGCAAUGGCGCUUGCAAGCCAGCGUUUCUUCAAGUAGCAGCGUAAUGUCUUCAAGGGACAGAAAAGUUGUGAAGAUGGUAACUUUGAUAUCAGUGAUAUUCGUGGUUUGUUAUUUCCCCGGAACGGCUGGGUUUAUCUGGUUGAUAGUGGAUACAGAGAUGAGAUUUGAUGGCAAGCACAGGAAUCUGCUGUAUGCUGUAUAUUCUGUCUUGUUCAACCUGGAGUCAAUUAAUGCCAGUAUUAAUCUAUUUAUCUACCUACGACUGAGUUCAAAAUUCAGAUCAACAUUUCUGAAAGCAUUCUGUAGGACAGGAAAGUCAGUCACAAGCAGCAAAACAACUAAAGAGGAGUUGGUAAGUAAGUGA